AUGGCGGGUGUGUCCCCCGAGGUGCAAUCAACCAACCAAUCAACGGGCGAGUACAGAAUGACGCAGUCCAACUACCCGUGUCCACGGUUUCCGUCCGGUAUCUUCGAACCAGAAACGAUUUGCUGGUACUGGGGCUGGGAAAAGGGGGGAAGCGCCGCGUUUCCCCGAGCAAUGGGACCACCCGGUGGAUCCACCAGCAUGUCCGCUAAACAACAGGGUCUAUCCAAUGCGGAUACGAUGAAUCCCUACGUGAAUGAGCCGGGUAAGAGUGAGAAGGGGGAGGGGGAGACGGAUACGGCUAAGGUGAAGGGGACUAUUAAGGUUGAUCGGCGUCAGGUAUGA